AUGGAGGCAAGUCUUGCGGCUGGUGAGAGGCCGCCAUCACCGGAGGACGGCGAAGAGGAAGUGCUGGUAAAGCGUUGGACUAAGGACCUGAACUCACUAGGAUUGGCUUGGUACAGAAGUAUGAACCAAGCACACUGUACUACCGGCCAAACCAACCUCUAG